CAAUGAAUGCCUUCUUCGGAACUAGCAUAGAUAUUACAGCGCGUACAUUGCAUUUGACCAGUCGGCUUACAACUGCUGGCACAGUCGGUAGUCGCGCGAUUCUCUUGUCUUUUCUCUCCGCGUCGGUAUUCGUCUCGCGACACUUCGUUAUUUGUCACGUCUUGGUUUACUAAAAAAAAAAAAAAAACGUUACGUUGCCUCGAUCGAGUCGAGAAAAGAAAUAUAAAAAUUCGGAGAUUCCGACCGUGUCUCAACAAAAAUUCUCAACGAGAAUUCGAGAAAUAAGGGAAGAAUCGAAGCGGUGGUGUUGGGUGAUCCAGGACGGCAGGGAUGACGGUGGUGAAAGUGGCGAGGAAGGCAACUCUACGCGGACGGAUACGCGGAAGUCGUGAGAUUUUCGGAGUAAAGUAAAUUCUGCGAAGGAGAAAACAAAUUCCUCGAUCACGAGACACGCGCGUGCCCCACAUUUUCCUAUCCUACACGUUGGGCAAGGCGAGGCGCGGCGCGGCGCUGCGAUGGUGAACCAUCAAUCACGAGUUUUAUCGGCCUUUCCAUCCUCGAGCCUUCAUCGGAAACGGAGCCAUCCUUUUUUGCAUUUAUAUACAAUCGCGGCGUCUUGAUGGACUAAAAUCCUCGGCGAAUGUUCGAGCAGUGCGAACCCUCCGGGAGUUUUCUGGAAUAAUAAACGCGUGAAAUCUGGAAUUUUCGCCGCGUUUAAAACAAACGGAAAGAAAGAAAGUGAGCGAGAGAAAAGAGUGGAGGAGAAAAGAGUUCGAUUUUCGUUGACACGAUAUAUGUACAAUUUUCGAUCGCGCGUGCGUGUCAAAGGGAGAGGAAAGUUCGAUCUUUCUUUGGAAACGAGUAACUUUUAAUCGAAACCUGAUAUGUAAUCUCGUAUCCCCGUUUCUUUCCCUCUUUGCGUGUCAUUUCUUCCUUCUUUUUUCCCUUCUUUUUUUUUUUUUUCACUCUGUUGCGCGGCGUCAAAGCGGAACACGCGAAAGGAAAAGAGAGAACGGUGGGCACAAUACAGAGACAGGUUGUCGUUUUGUUCGUUUCCUUUAUCGUUUAGUAGCCACUGGGUAAUUGUGUUUUUUAUCUACCUGUCAGUUGCAUAUCUACUGGAAAUUUAAUGAAGGAGAAAGAGAGAAAGAAGAAGAGGGAAAGAUAAAUAAAUAAAAUGUAUAGUCACGUUUCUUCAAAUCGUGCGAACGAAUGCGGAAUUGGCAGAGGGGGGGUUCGUUUUUAUCCGUAAAUUGGCCGACUCGCAGAGAAAUCGAUGCCCGCUCUGUUUGCUGAAUCAUUGAUCGCCGGUAACUAUAACGUUCGAAUAAUUUAUGCCGUCGAUGGUUUUUGGAAUCGUGAAAUAUUUAGAGUCUCAUGAUCGUUGCGGUGUAACGAAAUACCCGGCCCAUUUGGUAAACCGCUGUUACAAAACGUUUCCAUAUUUCCGCGCCGGUGAUCAUCGGUUCGCCGACUUCCACGAUUGUUCCAACCAUUCGCCGUGAGAAUCUUUCACGCCUCCCCUCUCCCCCUCCAACAUCAUUUCCUCCUGUUGUGUCUCCCGAUCAAUCCCAUCCAUCCUAUUCACUGUCAAGAACAAUUUAUCUCGUUAUCUCGUUGACGGGCGACAAACGUGAAAUUUCAAGUGGUCGACAAUUAAGAUGACCAGGAAUCGUGAGGAGAGCGAACAGUGUUUCGUGAUAGAAAUAAAUCGGUGAAAGAAGAAGGUCGAAAAGUUCGGACGAAAAAAGCUGGACGGGAAAACAAAACGAAAGAGGAUGAGAUUAUGGAUACUGGAAAGGAACAAUUUGAUCGUCCUGGCGAUCUUCACGUUCACCCUCUACGUCUAUUUCAACUAUACGCUCGACGACAUAAUACAUUUCAAACGGAUCAUCGCGGGGGACACCCGAGUCACAAACACGACCAAGAAAAUCCUGUUCUGGAACACGAUGUUCGACGACGAGAAUUUUUACAUGGGGAAAGGAGAUAUAUUCGUCGACUGCCCCGUGAACGAUUGUUACGCGACCCACGAAAGAAGUUACGCGAAUCUCACGGAAUUUGACGCGGUCCUGUUCCACGGGAACGAGUUGAGACUCGCCGAUCUGCCUUUACGAAGGAGCCCGCGCCAGUGGUACGUUUUCGUGAAUCUCGAAAGCCCGGCCAAUAGGCCCCUGUCCGACUAUUUUUACGAGGAUUUCUUUAACGCCACGAUGACGUACAGAUUGGACAGCGAUAUUGUAUGGACUUAUGGGAUCGUGAAGGACGUCCACAAUGGGCAAACUGUGGCGCCUGACAGAGAUGCACGUUGGAGGGCGUUCUAUAAUCGAGCAGGUAACCAGUCGCAGGACGCAUCUUCAUCGAAGAGGUUUCAUAGGAAGGUGAGGCCGAUAAUCUGGUUUGUGAGCAACUGUCAGGCAAAAAGCGGUCGGCAAGAGUACGUGGACGAGCUGUCGAGGCACAUACCGAUCGACAUUUACGGGAAAUGCGGGACCAUGUAUUGUCCACCUAGCGUGGACUGCUUCAAGCAGGUCGUCGAACCCCACUAUUUUUUCUACCUGUCGUUCGAGAAUUCGUUCUGCGACGAUUACGUAACCGAGAAGCUGUACAAUGCCCUCAGGUACAACGUGAUCCCAAUCGUAUACGGUGGCGCCAAUUAUAGUCUCUUUGCCCCUCCACGAUCUUACAUAAACGCGUUCGACUUCGAUUCUCCGAAGGAUUUGGCCGAAUACUUGAAGAAACUGAUCAAAGAUCCCCGGGAGUAUAAUAAAUAUUUCACUUGGAAGAGGUAUUAUAAAAUCGAUGGCGGUAUUCAACACGCCGCUUGCAAUCUUUGCGAGUUUCUCCACAAGAAGAAAGAGCCGCGAAUGUACAAUUUAUUGUCUAAUUGGUACAGUCAGCAAAAAUGUCCUCUCCAAGAAUAUCUACGCUAUCACAAUUAUCUUACAGGUUCCGUUUUAAAAGACUGACUUUACUCUAACCGAUUAUUUUAAUAAGUUGAAUAUAUUUGUGUAUAUUUUUUAUUUUUAAAAUAUCACAAUCACGUUACAUAAUUAAAUAGAUUAAAAUGAAAAUCAUGAAAAA